AUGAGAAUAUGUUCCGAUCCGCUGGAUACGGUUCGAUCUACUGGAUCGAACCAACAAUGGUGUAUUCCAUUACCAGCUUAUUAUACAACAAUUAUUCCAUAUGUACCUGCUAAUACUGAAUACGAUGGUCAACGCUUAUCAAAUAUCACUGAAUUUUGUUCUGAUAUUAGUAAUUAUAAUAGGUUGAAUAUCAUAGAUUCAUCAUUAUGUGCUAAGAGUAAAUUGAUUCAACGUAUUCGACAUAAAAUUGAUCUUUAUCAAACACCAUCAUCCAAUGAUGCAUAUCAGAUUCUUCAACACCUAACAGAUAUUGUAAAAAAACAUGUACCAGAUUUUGUUUUUAAAGAAACAACUGAUAGCAAGUCAAAAAUUAGUCAAUUAGAAUCAAAUAAUAUAGUAACAAACAGUAAUGAUCAAGAUAAUUCAACAAUGAAUUUUCCAACUCCAAAUGUUAGUACUCAUCAUCUUAGUAGUGAUCGUAUUACAAGUGCAAUGGAUUUGAGAAGUAGUCAAUAUCUGUCACCAUCUAACCAACAACAACGAACUAAUAAAAAGUCAUCAGAAAAACAAACGUUACAGACACAAUCAUUGACACCAAACUCUUUACAAAGAUUACCAUUAAUUAAUAGUCAAUAUAACAAUCAAGUUCAACAUACAUUAAUAGACAAAACUGAAAAACGAAAUAACUGGAUUAAUAAGUAG